AUUGAAUGUUCGUAUCAUAUAACAGUCCAGUAAUAUAGGUAUAAUCAUCGCAUAUGGAUGCUAUACAAAUUGUUUGAUCGAUAUCACAGCUCCUUGGAAACGAUUUGAAGUGUUGAAAAGUGACUAUCAACCUACUGGAGAUCUGAAAGUCCUUUGGUUAUCUGUCCUCAUCUCUUGAGCUUCUGCGAGAUACAAGAAAUUACUAGUAUUAAAUUUUUUGUCAAAAACAUGAGCUUUUACGUAUUCAGCCGAACAUUAAAUUCUAUUGUAUAUUCAGCGAUUACAGGAUUUAUUGAUUAAAUGUCAAAAGCUUCUAUUAAUGACGUCGUAAAGUAACCAGAGACCCUACAUAAAACAUCUCAAGAUCCAUAACUACAUAUCUUUAACCAAAUAUGUAUCCCAAUUUAUUCAAAAAAUUCGAAUCAAAAGAAAAAUAUAAUGAUGCCUUAAAGGGCGAUAACACAUCAUCUUCAACAUCUUCGUCAAGUAUUCCAUCCACGACAACCAGCGAAGGUUCACUCGUGGCGCCAGAGCCUACUCAAGAAAAUAAAACUUGUACUGCCACCAAAGUUCGUAAUUGCAGUUCAAACUCAAAGAUAUCAUCUCCACCCUACUCCUCAUUCAAUGUAACCACGAUCCCUCAAAAUGUGGACUCAUCACCCUCAAAAUCAUAUGGUCUGUACUCUAAAAAACUUCCAGAGAGACUUCAGCGUCUGCAAGAUGAAAAAAAGUGUCCAGAACUAUCUAUUCAAUCAUUUUUCGAUUUUAUGCGUACUGCUUAUCAAGUUAAUGAUAGUUUCGAAGAGUUGGCAACCACCUUGUCUGCAAAAAGUGAAAUUGAUUGGUCAAAAUUGGCAAAAACAGAUCUGAUUUCACAAACACCAGUAGAGUUUGACGAAAGUGAUGGAAUUACAGAAUUGAGUAACAAUUCUCCUCUUCUGAAUCUCAGAGAUGACAAAAGUACAGUCACUAAUGAGAUAAAAAACACUGAAUCUACAAAGCUAGAUAACGAAAAGGUAAUUUGUACUGAAAGUACCGCUAAAGUACCAUCUAGUAAAAACGAGCAUCAAGAAUCAAAUAUGAAUUCACAGACAAAAUAUCGCAGGCUUAGCUUGAGUAAACAUCAUAAUUUACAAAAACCAACACAGACGGUAUCAGUGUGCGAAGAACAACCACCGGAUGAAAAUUGUCGUACCCAAGAAAAGAAGCAGUUACAAAAAGAUGAACUGAAAAAAAUUGAAACAUUAUACGAGCAACAAAAUCAACCUCUGUGCACACCUACGAAAAAGAUUAAAAUACCUACGGUUGAAACAUUCUUAGAACACAAAGAGCAGUUGCUCGCAAAAAUUAUGAAACGAAAAUUAGGUGAUAUUUUGCACGAAGGAAUCCUGGAUUCAGUAUUGCCAUACAUGCUUCCUAAGCCAGUAUUAUCUCAGCCUGUGAUAAAAAAAUCUAUUACUAAUACAGAUCUAAAGAAAACUACAGGGUCAGCAAGUAACAUCGACAAUCGAUUAGCACCAGCCAUUAAUAAAGAAAAGGAUAAAGAGAAACAUAAGUAUCAAAGAAAAUCUUUCGAUAACGAAGUGGAAAUCCAUGUUUGCGAUGAAGCUAAAAACAUCAAAAAAGACUUCAAAUGCCCACAAAAAUUGUUAGUCCAGAAGAUGUGUUACUUUGCAGAUGUAACUGCUGGUCAAAAACUCGAAGAGAUGGAUAUCUCUGUACAUUGCGAUAUUGUCAUUUUUGAUUGGCUCAUGCGUUGGGUUAAAAAAGACAUCAUCAAAAAGUCUGAAUGGCCGGUUUUUGAAGCUAAUAAUGUUAUUCCGAUUAUGGUAUCUGCAUCAUUUCUCCAGAUGGAACCACUUCUUGAAGAUUGUUUAGCGUAUUGUCACAACAAUAUGUCCGAGGUUUUAAAAACUUCGGCUAUAUUAACAUGCUUGAAUGACAAUCUUCUAACAAGACUGGCGGCACGUUUCAGCAACGUGGAUGUUGAGUCAUUGAAAGACAAGAAGGAUAAGGUUCAAAGCAGGAUCUUCUGCAAAUUAAUAGUGUCACUAGCCGAUAGCACCCCUGACAAUAAGCGGGGACACUACAGUUCUUUGGCAACAUUAUUCAAAUGUGGCAAGUGUGGAAAACAUGUUGUCAGAUCAAUAUCUGACUCUGUACCUUGCGUUCCAAGUGCUAUGAGACUCGAUACUAAAGGAGAUAUUCACAGUAUGCAUACAAGGGAUAUGUCAUGGACAUUGAAUGACUAUAUUGUGACACUUCGCUCUGAACUGCGAUCUUGGAGAAAGGUUUACUGGCGUUUAUGGGGUGACUGUCACUUUCUCUUCUGCAGACAGUGCGGAACAUACUUCCCAAUUCAUCAAAUGGAUUGGUGUUGUUAUCAUCCGGAGAUUCCACAAUUCUUUGCCAAUGAACAGCAAAGAUCCUCCCCAUUUCCACUUGGUAGAUAUCCAUGUUGUAGCCAAAGAGCGUACAGGUUCGAGACACUGCCGAAUCAAGAGGGCUGCCGGUUUAAGGAGCAUAUUCCAACCGCCACAUCUGAUACAGAUGAAAAUAUUCUCAACAUCUUUUCGACACAUCGAGAUGUGAUAGCGUUAGAACCCCCACAGCUGUUUUUCCCAGAAAAAAUAACAAGACUGGUUGCUAGAGAUCCAAGUUUGGAACCUGGGAAAUUGGCCUGCAAAGAGAUCAUGUGGUGGGAUGGGAUCGAGCUCGUACCACCAAGAUCAAAACUAGGGCUCUUAGGAAAAAUUUGGGGCGGUUCCGGGCUUCGACAAGCUUGCCAAGCACCGGAUUUCAUGAAAUCAUCUCGUAAAAUGCGAAGACAGGCGUCGCAAGUGACAGAUACUUCGUCUCCAGGAUCCUCGAUUGCAGGUAGUGACGAUGAUGACCGGGGAACAGCCUGUGGUGAUAGCACGGCCGACGAUGAUACUGAUAACAGUGAAGAAUCUCAUGCAUGGCCACCGCUCAGGCAGGUCAGGAAAUUCAAACGGAAGACGAGAUAUUACGCUGCAAAAAGAAGCGAUGGUGGCCGGUCAUGGAGUUCUAACUUGACAGUAAGAUACAAUCAAGAUAAUCAAAGAGACUUUGAGGAACGAGCAGCAAUACAAAUGGCCGCCUUGCUCACAAAGAGAACAUCUGCAGAAUGUGGAAUUCAUUCUCGUACAAAUAAUCAUAAUAGGCAACAAUUUCACAUCUGGAGUCAGACACAACCAAUGGGUGGAACAUACGUAAAAUUAGAAGCUGAAUUUCGAGAGCAGUUAGCUCAGACAUACAAGUGCAAAAAUUCAUCACAAGUAAAAGGGUCUGCACGUAUGAAGUCCUCAAAAAUGCUACAAUAAAAUUGCAUGAGAUGUCACAUUUUAUCACAUAAUAAUUGAGAGUUUAGGUAUUUUGUUCACAACAGUAUAUUAAGUGUACUAGUGUAAUCGAAUUAUUCAUUAUUGAAUAUCCGUUGAAUUGCUCGUGGCAUGUCCAUACACUGCGAGGAAUGUAAGGACUUCUGAUGGUCAUUUUCUUUUUGACAAAGUUUUAAUGAGAUGAAAAAAGCAGGAUAAUUUGAUUGAAAUAAUUUUGGAAAGAAACAGUUGCAUAGGUAGUUCAUGAAGUUUACUUUUUAAAGAACGAUAAUAUAUCAGCAAAGUGUACAAACAUUUCAUAUAAAUAAGUACAAAAUUAAACAUUUAUUCAGCGAUAUAGAUUAAUAUCUAUUAAAACACAACAUGAAACACAAAGAGGUAUGGCGUGACACAGUCACGAAGAAAAAGAUCGAAAAUUAAUUCUUCGACCAUAAAAAAGGUACUCAAGUCAUAUUUUUUUGAACAUUAUUAGAUUGAAAAUCCAGUUUUCAUAUCUUCUCACUUUCAUAAGUGAUCUCUGACACCAUUUGAUAGUUCAGAUUAUUUAUUUGUUAUCUUCUUAUCUGCGACAUUCUUCUUUGGCAUCAGGUCGCUUCGGUCCAAUAAAUCAUCAAGUUCUUUAUGUGUGUAGACUGAUUGGAGAAAAAAAAAAAAAAUUAAAGUAAUAGAAUUUAGUUCAGCUGCUACAUUUUUAUUGAAGCUAUAGCUGAGUCAGGCUAUUGGAAACAAAAUUUUACUAAAACUUGCAGGUAUUGUAGAAAAGAUGCACUAAUUCCCAAAUUUGAAGCAUGUUAGAAUAAUUAACUGAUUCCUACAGGAAUUAAUUUAACACGUAUUAUUAAUACCAGUAACAUUUGAUCUCUAUAACUAUAUUGAAGAGGGAUAACAUUUGAGAGUACUUUCUAAGACUCAACAAAGUGAACUAUAAAAGUGACUCACCAUCACUUUCUGCAUGUACAAUGUGAUUUUCAUUGGAUUCUAAAAGUUUUUUAAGCUGAAUGAUUGUGUCCCGACUGUUUAUGGAAAGAUUUAGAGCUCCUUUAGAGAUGACCAUCUUUUCUAAUUUGCGCUUUGCUUCACCACGGUUAAUAAUUGUUUCAUCGAUUGUUCCUUUAGUGCAUAACUUGUAUACAACAACAGGUCGUGUUUGACCAAUUCUAUGACAACGUGCCAUAGCUUGUAUAUCAGCCUGAGGAUUCUGUAAAAUUUAGAUAUAUUCAUCAUUUGUCUAAUACACGGUUGUCACAAACUUCAUGAAGCAGAUAUUUAAUCUAAGAACACUUAAAAGUAAACUCUUGAAAAUUCUAUGGCAUUAGUAAUCAUUGUACGAGGAAACUAACAAAUUACAAUUAUACUUAAUUCGGUUAGUAAUAAUCUGCAAUUUAUUAGAGAUACGAGGUUGUAAGGAUCAGUUUCUUAUGGAUGUCAGAAAUAUUUUCUGUUACUUAUGUGAAACAAAACGUUAGGUCAAGUCAAAUUUUCUGUGAAACUUAAGCUGUAUCAAUGUAUAAUUGUAGUAAACAUGUAAUCUCAGCCAGCUUGAUGAUUAUGGAGAAAUAUUUACGUCAUGCCUAAAUUUCAAUGUUCACUCAAGAUUGCUACUAAUUUCCAAGGAUCCAAAAUGAAUAUAUGUAUGUAUAGUGUUUUAUUGUUAAUCGUGUUUACCGUAAGGUUGAUUCUGUAUGAUUGCACUUUUUGAACAGUACAAGUGUGCACAAGAUGUUACCAAGUGGUGUUACUUUAUUAAGAUGUUAUUGACUGUUUAUUUAAAUACAUGUUAUUACUGGAUA